CCACGGAUAUGAGUUUAUAAACAUGGCACCGGGAACACCACCUGUGUUGAAAGCCUGACGUGGAUACAGACACGCUGGUCAAAUCUUCAGCUGAUAGAAUUUUUGUUGCUUACAUUCACACCAACACACCUUAUUCAAGAUGUCCUUUUUCGCAGAUUCAUGUAUCAUGUUAUUUUCUCAGAUUCUCUUCUUUGGAGGAGGAUGGGUAUUUUUCCUCAAGAAACUCUUCAGGGACUAUGAGGUGCAUCACUCCAUUGUUCUGCUGGUGUUCUCUGUGACCUUUGCCCUCUCCUGCACCAUGUUUGAACUGAUCAUCUUUGAAAUCUUGGGAGUUUUAGAUUCAAGUUCCCGUUUCUUCCACUGGAAGCUUGGCCUGUAUGCCAUACUGACAAUGCUGAUUGCUGUACUGCCCUUCUACAUUGCAUACUUCAUCAUCAGCAACAUCCGCCUGGUACCGCAGAAGCGUCAUAUAAGGGUUCUGUUCACCGUUGGAUCCUGGUGUGGGUUCUGUUAUCUGUUUUGGAAGAUUGGCGACCCCUUCCCCAUACUCAGCCCGAAACAUGGUAUAUUUUCUAUAGAGCAGUGCAUUGGAAGAGUGGGAGUCAUUGGUGUGACACUCAUGGCGUUGCUUUCAGGGUUUGGUGCUGUAAACUACCCCUAUACCUCCAUGCACUACUUUGUCAGACACGUCACAGAGACGGACAUCCAGAGUAUUGAGAAGCGACUUCUGCAGACACUGGACAUGAUCAUUAUGAAGAAGAAGAGGAUUGCCCUGGCAGAGCGAGAGAAUCUACGUCAGGCCAGCAUAUCGAAGAGUUCAGGAGGACUAUGGGGGAUGUUGAAGAAUGUCACGUCAGGCAGUUCAAAUGAGAAUGUGAACCUACUGAAGCAGGAGACCAGCGCUAUGGAGGAGCUGAGUCGGCAGCUGUUCCUGGAGACCUGUGACCUCAACGAUGCCGUGCAACGUCGAGAGUACUCCAAAACCUUUAAGGGGAAGUAUUUCAACGUGCUUGGCUAUGUGUUUACAGUGUACUGUGUGUGGAAAAUAUUCAUGGCAACGAUAAACAUUAUCUUUGAUCGUGUGGGCAAGGUUGAUCCGAUCACUAAAGGCUUUGAUAUUGCUGUCAACUAUUUUGGUAUCAAUGUGGAUGUGAAAUUCUGGUCUCAGCAAAUCUCAUUCUUUCUCGUGGGCAUCAUCAUCGUGACAUCUAUACGAGGACUUCUCAUCACACUGACCAAGUUCUUCUAUGCUAUAGCAAGCAGCAAGUCCUCCAAUGUCAUCGUGUUAUGUCUGGCUCAGAUUAUGGGCAUGUAUUUUGUGUCCUCUGUUCUGCUUAUGAGAAUGAAUAUGCCUCUGGAAUAUAGAUCUAUAAUCACAGAGGUCCUAGGAGAAUUACAGUUCAGUUUCUACCACCGCUGGUUUGAUGUCAUAUUCCUGGUCAGUGCUCUGUCCAGCAUUGGCUUCUUGUACAUAGCACACAAGCAGGCCCCGGAGAAACACAUGUACUAGACACAGAUUCCUGGUCACUGCUCUGUCCGGAGAACACAUAUGCUAGACACAGAUUCUUGGUCAGUGCU